UGAUUGAUAAACCAGCCCAAAAUCAAAUCCAAAUCUAGAACCCCAAAAUCGAUAUCAGACACGGUACCUAAACUCACUCGAGAUCGGAAUCAAGAUGGAAAUCGGCACCACAACGCUUUGAAUCCAGUUUGAAAAUGGAACAGUAGCCUCCUCCAUUCAUUUCCAACAAGAGCCCUAGUUACUACAACACUUCCCCUUCCCCUCCAAAUCAACCCUGCUAAUCGGUCAACUACACAGUUUCAAUCUCCAUUCUCCAUUACCAAACCUUCGGUGUUGAAGUACAUAAUCGAUCUCUAGAUAAAUUUGAUCUACAUGGUUCGAAUAGGCGUUUAGUGGAGCUGUAUUCUCUGUUUUGGUAAGUAGAGGAGAUUCCGAUGAAUGCGGCGGCGACUGGCAAUAUGAGCCCCUCUGCACCGGCGGCAGGCGGCGGCGCUCAGCCACCUGGUUUGAAGACUUAUUUCAAGACUCCUGAAGGUAAAUAUAAGCUUCAGUACGAGAAGACUUAUCCUCCGGGCGCUGUUCAUUAUUCCCACGGUAAAACUGUUACCCAGAUGACGAUUGCCCAUCUCAAAGAUAAGCAAAUACAAGCACCUGGACAGUCAUCAUCAAGUUACGGUGUAAGUGGUGGAGUGAAGUCAGCAGCAGCAAGGUUUUUGGGUGGUGGAAAUGGUAGCCGGGCACUAAGUUUUGUUGGAGGUAGUAAUGGCGGAAGUAAGAUUGCGAAUGGCAACAGUAGUAGAAUAGGAUCUGUAGGAGGUCCAAUUUCAAAUAAUGUUGUCAGCAGUUCAAAUUUCGAUGGUGAAGGAACUUACUUGGUGUUCAAUGUUGGUGAUGCAAUUUUCAUUGGGGACUUAAAUUCUCAGGAUAAGGAUCCUAUCAAGUCCAUACAAUUUAGCAAUUCUAAUCCUGUCUGCCAUUCAUUUGACCCUGAUGCAAAAGAUGGACAUGAUUUACUUAUUGGGCUGAGCUCUGGAGAUGUUUAUUCAAUGUCGCUGAGACAACAAUUACUGGAUACGGGGAAGAAGGCUGUUGGGGCACAACAUUAUAAUAAAGAUGGAUCUGUCAAUAAUAGUCGCUGCACUUGCAUUGCAUGGAUCCCCAGCGGUGAUGGAACAUUCAUAGUUGCACAUGCUGAUGGAAAUAUGUAUGUAUAUGAUAAGAAAAAAGAUGGUUCUGGUGACCCUUCAUUCCCUUUGAUAAAGGAUCCAACUCAGUUUUCUGUAAUACAUGCACGAAAUAGUAAGAAUCCAAUUGCUAGAUGGCAUAUAGGCCAAGGGUCAAUAAAUGGAAUUGCUCUUUCAACCGAUGGAUCUUAUAUGGCAACAGUAGGAAGGGAUGGUUAUCUCCGAGUGUUUGACUACAAAAAUGAACAGCUUAUAUGCGGUGGAAAAAGCUAUUAUGGUGCUCUUUUGUGUUGUGCUUGGAGCAUGGAUGGAAAGUACAUAUUGGCUGGAGGAGAAGAUGACCUGGUUCAAGUAUGGAGUAUGGAGGAUCGAAAGAUUGUAGCAUGGGGUGAGGGACACAACUCUUGGGUUAGUGGUGUGGCGUUCGAUUCAUACUGGGCGGCUCCAAAUGCAGAUGAUGCCGGGGAGAAUAUUGUAUACCGUUUCGGAUCUGUUGGCCAGGAUGCGCGGCUGCUUUUAUGGGAUCUGGAAAUGGAUGAGCUCGUGGUGCCGGUUCGUCGCCCCCCUGGAGGAUCUCCCACUUUUAGCGCGGGAAGUCAGUCGCCGCAUUGGGACAAUGCUUGUCCUUUGGGCACACUGCAACCUGCUCCGAGAACACGUGACGUUCCAAAGCUGUCCCCUCUAAUCGCUCAUCGCAUCCACACGGAACCCCUCUCCGGUUUGAUAUUCACUCAAGAAUCUGUUCUCACAGUCUGCCGGGAGGGACACACAAAGGUUUGGAUCAGGCCCGGUUUGACUGAAAGUCAGUCGAGCAACCCCGAGCCGGCUAUCUGUUCCAACUCCAAGGACAAACUUAGUAGGUAAAUAAAGUUGUCAAUUUUGGGAUGAAGGUUUGUAGAGUAGAUGGGAUGCUGUGUUGGUUUCUACAAAUUAAGCAACAAUCGCAAUCGACGUCGACAGGCUGAAAGUGUCUUGGUGUUGCAAUGAGCCUCAGAGAUGGGAGUUUUUGCACCAUUGCUACUACUGAGGGAGAGCUGAGCUGCCCAAGGAAUUAUUUAUGAAAUUCCAAGACCUGAUUUUUAACUCUUUUUUCUUUUUGCCAAUGUUGGUUAAUUUAUUAUUACAGUAGUAGAUGUGUUUCUUUCUAUUAAGCCAAUUUUGCCAAAAGAAACUAUC